UUAAAUAGUUUUUGUUGGGAUUUUAAGAAAGAUUGCGAGAACAGUGAUAUCAUCUAUCAUUUCAUUUUCUCUCCCAGUGUUCGAUACUUAAGUAUGUGAUCUAACACAUUCAUCAUUAUUGAUAAAUUCAAAGACUCCAUCAGAAGGAAUGAUAACAAACUUAUCAGGCUCAUUGAGUAUAAGCUAAAAGAACUCAGACUCGAGAUAGCGUCUACUGAACUGGUUACUGGAUCUCCCAUGGAUCUGCUCCUUGCUAAUCCUGGAACAUUUGCUUUUUUAUCCAGACUCUAGCUGACCCGACAGGGUCACCAUUUUCCUCUUUAAAGGAGUCAACUCUUUCAUCAGAUUCCAUUAUUCUCUGAUAUUCAUCGCCUCCAUCAAACUUGUGAUUAAGAGAGGCUUGUAGUUAUACACAUGUUGUCACCUUUACUUGUAGGGCCAGCUACUGAUUCCAUCUUUACUUCAGCUGUGUUUUUUGGAAAUUAUAUCAGCUUCUUCUUUGCUUGGUAUGAUACCUAGAACAGAUCUACAACAAAUUCCUGGUCUAAAGCUUAAUAUAUCAGAGCAAUCACAAUUAAACUCUCUCCAUUCAAUAUCUCAAGCUGUUUUUAUAUAUCCUUAGUUGAUCAUAGUACAUUUCUCCUUAUGAUCCUAGGACAUAAGAUAAGUCUGAAGAUCUUCAUUGUAAUUUUCCAAGAAACCUUAGCCUGAAUUUCCCCUCUCUUCAGGACUUUUCUAGUUCACUUGAUGUGUUUGCAUCAUUAACAUAUAGUCUAGUAAUUCUAUAUUCUGAGGUAGAUGGUGCUUAUCAUGGUCUGAUGCAAACUGGCCAUUGGCUUCAUGCUAAUCUCAUAGUUCAAAGAACCAGCUAUUUUUAAUGUAAAAAUGUUGGUUUACAAAAUAAAUAUCCUGACUCUCUUUGUUAGACUUAUCUGGGAUCAUUCCUUUUGUUGUAGCAAAGGCAUAAUUAUCAAAAUAAUCUGGUAAACCUGAGUCUAUCAUUGAAGAAUCAUUCACAAGUGGUUGUGACUAGCUUCUUUUCUUUCUUUUCUUCAUCCUAAACUACAGGGUUGCUUUUAGGAAUUUCGCUGUGAUCUCUCUUCUUUGGUUUGGACUUUUAAAUCUCUUGCUUCAACUCCAUCCUGUUGUCGUCAAAAGAAGUUCCACUAGCUGGGAUUUUUGAUUUCUUGUUUUUCAGCCUUAGAUUUUUGAAAAUUCUCACUCCUGUUUUCCUAGCCUGUAGAGCUAUUGAAACUUGAUUGAGGAGAGUAGCCCGAAGAAUGCAAAAUGAUGGUAAUGAUAAUAUUUAUCAAGCUAUGUGCUUUAUCACCUGGUUUUGAUGGUGAAAUAAUCAGGAAGAUAUUUACUAGUGCUGAUUCCAAAUCUUUUAACAUAUUCUUCUUUACUAUUUGAGCUUCUUCUUCUUAGUCUUGGUUUUCUUUUUUUUAUUUUUAAUUACUCUAGGUUCCUUUGCCUGCAUAGCAAUAUUUCAAAAUCUCAUCAACUGAUCCACUUUUGUCUUGUUUUGAUGAAAUUUUAAAAGGUUUUAGAGUCUUUGGAGUGUCCAUGAAAGCAUCAACAAAGGCAUACUUGUUAAGCCCCUUCCAUCACUGUGCUUACUCUUGGAACUAUAUCCUGGUGAUGAUUUGGUUGAUUUUAAAUCCUCUGAAUUUUAUCUUUGUAUCCUAUUUGACAACUUAGGACCACUAUUAGGUCUUUUAUUGUACAAACCACUUCUUGAAAAAUCUCCUUUUCUGAUGGAGUAAGAUUUUUCAAAAAUUAUUUCAUUAGAAUAUUGGUUUAUUUCCUGAUGAAUUGCAAUACUAGAAAAUUCCUGCCUUUAGCUUCCUCUUAGACUUGCUAAGUGGUCUUCCUGGCGGAGAUCAUUAUGCUCUUAAAUGCUGAUUCUCCAUGAAGAGAUUUCACAACUGCAUAUCUCAAAUUAGUUAGGUCUUUUGGAGAAUUCUUAGAAACAAAACUCUUAGUCGCAUUAGCAGGCAUAUAAUUGCUAACAAUAAUCUUGACAGGACUGUUAUAUUUAGUUAUCCUUAGAUCCUUCUCUAGAUUUCUUCCUCUUGGCAGAGCUAACUUUCCUUUUAUUUAAUUUACUCUGUAAUAAGCUUCCUGAAGAGU